AUGUACCGACUUCUCACCGUUGUUUCGGCCCUUGCGCUGGCGGGAGCUGCUUCUGCGCAGACCUCCAUCGAUCCCAACUCGGUACCGCUCUCGACCCGAGAAUCAUGGUGUUCAUCGGAGACGUCGACAUGUCCGCUUCUUUGUCUGCAAAUUUCAAAUUCGUCAGACACUGAGGAAAACAACUGUCAAGCCGAUGCUCUGACCUACUCGUGUGUCUGCUCGAAUGGCGCUUCGCCAAACGCUUCCCAAUAUUCCCUGACUCUACCUUACUUCAUCUGCACUGAAUGGGGCAACCAGUGCGUCAAUAACUGUGGUGGAAACUCCCAAUGCCAGAGCGACUGUCGCACCCAGCACCCAUGUGGUGCACAGGAUCCGAAGCGUGUGAACAUCACAACAACUUCCUCGAGCGCCGCUGCUUCCAAGACAUCGAACGCUGCCAUGGACACAGGAACCGGCCUGGGUGGCCCUGCCGCCACGACCACGGCUGCAAGCGGCCACUCCAAACAUGACAGUGGUGCUGCCAUUCUGAAGAUUGGACAAGCUUAUGGGCUGGGCAUCCUUACCACUGGUAUCGUGGCCGGCUUUGCCCUCCUCCUGUAA